AUGGAGAGCCAAAAUUCAGUGACCGAUUCUUUUGGAGACCGAAACUCCGAGUUGUCGAUGGGACUUGAUGCCGCUCGAUACUAUCUUUCCAAGUCUGUGAAAAAUUCAACAAAACAGCAGUACGACCGCGUGUAUGAUGUUUGGCGGAAUUUUUGUCAAAGAAACGAAUUGGAAGAGUUUGGAGCCAGCCAUGAACAAUUAGCCGCUUGUCUCUCCCUCGUGAUGAUGCGAGACAAAUCAUAUUCGAAAGUCGUAAUGCUGAGUGCCGCGGUUACUAAUGAGUACCGUAUUCGCAUGCUGCCAUCGCCUACGACUCACGAAACGAUAUCCACAUUGUUUCGUGGAUUCCGAAAUGAACAUCCUCAAACACGUACUGCUAAGUUACCUAUUACUGAAGAAAUUCUUGACAAGUUUUAUAACCACCUCUACCAAACUAAACAUGGGAGGGAUGGAUUGCGUGCGUCUGUUGUUUUGUGGCGCACAAUUUGGAGAAUUUCAAUGGAGUAUCAUACUCUUGGAAGGAUUAGCGAUAUCGUCAAGUUGCGUAGGAGUGACGUCAAAUACGUUACGGAUCCUUCACCCCAUUUGAGGAUCCUAUUCAAGGGCGGAAAAAAUGACCUGUACACUGAAGGAGCCGAGCGAGUAGUUGCAUCGAAUCCAACUGUCAAGCGUUGUCCUGUUCAGCUCACUUUAAACUACUUCAAAUAUUUAGGAACAUCCUAUAUCGGCUAUCUUGUUCCUUCGUGUUUGGCAAAAAAUUUUCCGAAUCCAGACAAAUCGGUACCUUAUAGUGGAGCCCUGGCUGACAUGAAGAAAUUAAUGGACUCCUUGGGGUAUGAUGGGAAACUUUAUGGUGAGCAUUCCGGAAAAAGAGGUGGAGCGACAACCGCCGCAGCCCAUGGUGCAACUGACAAACAACUCAAACGUCUUGGAGGCUGGCGUUCCGACGCGAUGCCUGCCAAAUAUGUAGAUCUUUCGAUUCCAAGUCGUUUAUCAAUGUCAGAGUUGUUGCAGAAAAAUCAAAAUGAUACAAACACAGUCUGAUGGGAAUCUUCUUUUGUCGUGCAAUGAAAUUAAACAAAAAAGCUGCCAUAAAUUGUUUCCGCAUUUUUUUUUAUUUUUUUUUAUUUGAUCAUCCAACAGAU